UGCACCUUAAUUCUAUCAUCAGCCUAUGGGGAGGUUAAAGGCGCUGGCGCUGGAAGCUAUCGCCGCUAUCUGUCAUGGCCUUCUCCUUUUGAAAUGUUCUCCGCCAACGAAGUCAUGCACGCUUCCUAGCAGCGGCUUGCCCAAGUCAGUACCUUGGACGAUCGUAGGUCUUGGGAUAUAAAAUCAAGGCCAUGCCAUAGGUAUAGAAUCUCUUGAUCUUGUUCUGCGCAGAGAAUCAAUUGUUUUUGACUUUAAUCUUUCAUCAUGGCCGGUUUCUCUUCUCAAGUCGUGGCAGCCUUCCUCCUAGCCUUGCCAGUUGUCCUUGCGGGGUCACCAAAGACAUGUUCAAACCCUCAAACGAGUUGUAAGAACACCACCGCAGUAUCUGACCUCUGCUGUUUCAAUGCCCCAGGAGGACAAUUGGUUCAGACUCAAUUCUGGGACACAUCUCCUUCAACUGGGCCGUCGAACUCCUGGACUAUUCACGGCCUUUGGCCUGAUCAUUGUGACGGGACCUAUGACUCGAAUUGUGAUGCUAGCAGAGCUUACACAAAUAUCACGGCAAUUCUUCAGUCAUAUGGAAAGACGGAUUUACUUUCCUACAUGAAUACCUAUUGGGUAGAUAUCAAUGGCGAUGAUGAGUCUUUCUGGGAACACGAGUGGGCUAAACACGGAACUUGCAUCUCAACGCUUAAGCCUUCUUGCUACACCGGCUACACAGCACAGGAAGAGGUUCCUGAUUUCUUCCAGAAGACAGUUGAUCUUUUUAAGACUCUUGACAGCUAUACAGCACUUGCAAACGCAGGCAUCGUCCCCUCCAGCUCAGCGACAUACACUUCUACUCAAAUCAAAGCAGCACUGAAAAGUGCAUACGGCUUCGAUAUAACCAUCCAAUGCGCAUCUGGUGCGUUAGACGAGAUCUUGUAUUCCUAUGACGUCCAAGGCUCUGUGCAAACCGGCCUUUUCGUCAAGGCUGCACCAGUAGGACAAAGUUCCAGCUGUUCAUCCACAGGAAUUAAGUAUCUUCCAAAAUCUGGAACCCCGGUCUCAACUUCCACCGUCAAGACAACCAUGACUACAAGUACAACUAGCGCCAGUUCGAGUUCCACGGGAGGCAGCGGGAUAUUCUCUGGAUCGGGAUACCUGAAUGCGUUCACGAGUGGAAGCCAAACUGGAUGCCUGAUCAGUGCUGGGACUUGGUACACCAGUGGAACAUGUGCAACAUAUACUGCCACAGCUUCAGGUUCCGGAUUCACCUUGACAUCAUCGAAAGGAUCAUGCGGAAUCUCAAGCUCAACCUUCACUUGCGGAUCCGGCGUGACUGCUACCGUCUUCACGGCUAGCGGAGGAUAUCUAUCCUAUGGCGGCAGUACGACAUUUUACGCUGCUGCAGUGCCAAGUGGCUCGACGCAGCAGACUCUCUACACAACCUCCCACAGCGUAAGUGUUAGCUUUCAGUGGCAGGCCCUGUAAGCAGCCGAGGACUUUUUU